UUCAAGUCCCUAAUUGGCCCAAACUUUCAGUCGCGCCUCGCCAUUUCGCCCUCGCCCAGCGGUCGAACAUUUAGCAGCCUUCCACAAAGCCAAGCAUCCCAGAUCGCAUCGAAUCUAGCCGCAAACUCGUCCCUCCAUCUCUCAGAUCUGGCAUAGUCGGCCUAGUUCACUACAGUCAUUGCUUUUGUUGGGCUGUAUAUCUCUUCCGCCAUGGCGGCCACCCCGGCGAUGGCCACCGCUGGCCCGUCAAGCGAUGCUCCUGGAUCUGCUUCUCCAGUCGCGACUUCAACUUCCAAUGCGCCAUCUCCCACACCCAAGUCAGCGACACUCGAGCCCGGUGGUCGUGACAAGGAGUCAUUCAACAAAGUCUUGGUUGACCAAUACAUCACCCGUGACUGGGUCCAUUCUGCUGCCAUUCACGAUGCUCAGGCCCAGCUCCAGGGGAGGAUAAAGAACACCCUUGCCAAGAUCUCCGAGUACAAGAGUCGUCACGCUCCAGGGCCAGACUUCCGCCUCUACCACAGUGUUAUUUUUGGGGAAGGCUACAGGGGCUAUGGCAAUGGAUGCACCGAUAUGAAAUGGCAUAGUCAAAUCGUGUAUCCUCAACAGAAAUGGCUCGAGCGGCCGGGGAAGAGAUCGACGCCGCCUUUGAGGUAUAGUAGAAAGGAUAUGGCCAAGCAGGCCGAACAACACGAGGAGUUGGUACCUGUGAGGCUGGACAUCGACUUUGACAAGAUCAAGCUAAGAGAUACCUUCACCUGGAAUCUCCACGAGCGUCUGGUAUCCCCCGAGCUAUUUGCAGCACAGCUGGUCGAGGACAUGGGCCUGAAGCCGCCAAUGGACAAGCCAGUCUACGAUCAGGCUCUGGCCCAGAUCCGCGAGCAGCUAACCGACUUCUACCCAUUUGCCUAUUCCGAAGAAGACGCUCUGGACCCGGAGCUGCCUUAUUCUGCGUACAAGAACGACGAGAUGAGGAUACUGAUCAAGCUCAACAUAACCAUCGGAGCACAUACCUUGGUCGAUCAGUUUGAAUGGGAAAUCAACAAUCCUCUGAACUCCCCCGAAGAGUUUGCAGCAAGCAUGGCUUGCGAUCUGGCACUGUCUGGCGAAUUUACCACCGCAAUAGCUCAUUGCAUUCGAGAACAGACCCAGCUCUUCACACGCAGCCUCUACAGCGUGGGGCAUCCCUUCGACGGGCGGCCGAUCGAGGAUCCUGAUCUGACGACCGCCUUCCUCCCAUCCCCAUUGCCGAGCAUCUUCCGACCUCAGCAGCAGGCCAAGGAAUACGCACCAUUCCUCUAUGAGCUUACCGAGGCCGACCUCGAAAGGAACGAGACCAUAUUUUCCCGCGAACAGCGCAGACAGAAGAGGUCUGUCAAUAGACGUGGUGGUCCCCAACUUCCGGACCUGAAGGAGAGGCAGAGGACGAUUCGCACCCUCAUCGUCUCGUCAGUACUGCCCGGUGCCGCUACAAACCUUGAAGAGAGCCGGCUUUACAAGCGUAUCGGGGGCACGGCGAGUGGCCGAGGGAAGAGGACUGCCCGGGAUGGCGAGAUAUCCGAUUCCGAAGACAGCGAUGAUUCCGCUCCUGAUUCUCCUGCUCUAUCGCAACUUCAAGGCACUGCGCGGACUAGAGGCCUGCGCGGUGCCGCCACAGCUGCGGCUCAGCGGAUGGCGAAUAUUGGCCGCUCCGAAACUCCAGAAUCCAGUAUUCAUCAUCAUGAGACUAGGACAUCUCGACGAUUUGGCCGAGAGGCCACCCGCGAAGAAACGGAAGAGCCGCAACAUCACAUAGUCACUCUCAAGGUUAACCCAGGCAGGCUCAAGAAGCUACUCCGCGAUCUGAAAAUGAAGCAAUUGUCUGGGUCUGGAGCUGCUACUCCGUCCGGUCAAGGUCACCCCAGAGCCUCGAGCGCAUCAGCAACAGGUUCAAUGGGGCCCCCGAUCACCCCAUCCUCCUCCAACCAAGCCCUACCCGCGAAAUCGAACACUCCCUCUGGCCAUGUCAACCGGGGACCCGAGACCGGCGCGCUACCGGCUCCACCGCCGCCUCCGCCUGGCCAGCGGCCUCCCCCAGUUCCCCCACCACCAGAGUGGCUGUCAUCCUCUGUCGAGGCGUUACGCCGCAACUAUCCCAAAGACUCUUUCGAUGGAAUUAUGCGGUACUGCGCGGUCAACACCGAGACUGGAGCGGCUAUGCCGGGUCCCCCUCCCGGUCAGCCCAUUCCAUCCAACAUGCGGUUUAUGUAUCUGCCUAGGAUUCGGUGUUAUGACUGCCCAGGAAAAGUGUACACCCCAGGCCCCGACAUGACCGUCACCAACUUCGAGGUCCACCUUAGGAACCGGGUCCACAGGGAGAAGGUCGACCAGCGGCUGACCCGGCUCGCUCGAGCCGCGUCCCAGGGAUCGACGGGCGGGGCGGCAGCUUCGGCAGGCACGUCGAGUGCGUCGUAGGGCGGCCACUCGGCGAUGCGUCCGCUGCCGACCAGAUGGUCCAGUGGGCUGAUGCUUCCCCCUCCGAAUCCCUUUCGGCAAAACGGUAGGGCUGGAAAUGUCUGGGCAGGUACUGGUAAGGAGGCUCCAACUCCUCCUCGUGUUUCUCAUGGGCUUAAUCCGGCUCGUGGGGUAAAGGUUCCGGCCUCGCUUCCGCCCUUGCGCAACGAUACCCCAGUAUCCCGGUACGCACUGCCGGUCCGUGGAAUGCCGGUUAGGGCU